AUGGUCUCUGCUGCCUUCGCUGCCCGGCCACAGAAGAAGCUCGUCCUCUUCGAUGUCGAUAACACGCUCACCCUCGCCCGUCAGAGCGUCACAACGGAGAUGAUGGACCUCCUGCGUGCGCUGCGCAGCAAGAUGGUUGUCGGCGUGGUCGGGGGCUCCGACUUCGCGAAAGUGUCGGGGCAGCUCAGCCUGCCCCGCGCUAAAGCCAUUGACGAGUUUGACUACGUAUUUGGGGAGAACGGCCUCACCGCGUACAAGCUCGGGCAGGAGCUUCCGACCGAGUCGUUCAUCAAGUACAUCGGAGAGGAGAGGUACAAGGUCCUCGCGAACUUCAUCCUCCACUACAUCGCGGACAUCGACAUUCCCAUUAAGCGAGGGACUUUCAUCGAGUUCCGCAACGGCAUGAUCAAUGUCAGUCCCAUUGGCCGUAAUGCGACUAUCCAAGAGCGUCUCGACUUCCAGGAGUACGAUAGGCAACACGGCAUUCGCGCCGCCUUCGUCAAGGUCCUCCAAGAGAAGUUCUCAGACUAUGGACUGACCUUCUCCGUCGGCGGUCAAAUCUCCUUCGACGUAUUCCCCCACGGGUGGGACAAGACGUUCUGCCUCAAACACGUAGCUGACGAGCAAUUCGAGGAGAUCUUCUUCUUCGGCGACAACACACACAAGGGCGGUAACGACCACGAGAUCUACGAGGAUCCUCGUACUAUUGGGCACACUGUGCAGAACCCGGCGCACACAGCAAAGUUACUGAAAGAGAUGUUCGACUUGUGA